ACAAAAUAUAAAUAGCGUUUGUUCUUCGCUAUCCCAGCUUUAAUGGCAUGAGAGCGUACAAAGAGUGUAUGUAUAUAUUUUUACGGUUCUUAAAGUAACCGUAUGUGAUUCCUUUGAUCUUUGCAUGCUUCACCAACUCUUCACAAAAGAAAACCCAAAACCCAAAAUGAAAUUAUUUUGAUAUCAACGAAAUGCAAUUUGGAAAAAAAGAUUGUUCUUUUUCUGUUUGGUUUCCAUCAGAAAACCGACCCCUUUUCUCCAUUUAUUUUUCUUUUUCUUUUUCAAAAUCUGAGCAAAACCUAAAGGAUAAAAAGUGGUAAAUGGUAAUAUCUUCUGGGUAUUUGUUAUUUAAGUCUCUUUCAAUUUAUAUCUGAUGUGGGUAUUUUGAUUGUUUAUUCUCGGUGUUGUUGUUCUGUUUUUUUGUCUAUCUGUUCGUUUGGUUGGUUUUUUUUUUUUUUCCUUUUUGUCUGUCUUGUGUUUCUUGAUGUUUGAGGCAACCGCUGAGAUUGGGAAGAAGAAGAAGAAGAAUAGAGGAAACAUGAAGGAUGAUGAGGAGCUUGAAAUGUUGUUGGAUGAGAUCCCUCAUGCAACAUCACAUAAUCAUCAUCAUCUGCAUCAACAACAUGAAAACAAACAUGUGAAUGGGUCAUUUCAUGGCAUGUUUGGUCUUAUGUAUGAUGAUGACACAUCAAGUCAUUAUUAUAAGCAUACAUGUGCUUCCCCUGUAAGCGGUUUCUCUUUACAGUCAGAUGGUUCUUCCUCAAGUCUGUUUUCUAACAAUGGGCAGUCUUUAUCUGACAAUGGAUCACCAACCCCACCUCCACUAGAAGACCUUAUGCCACACUUGCCUAAUGGACUACUCCUCGAUUCAGCCGUUAGGAAAAAGGCCAGUAGUGACGGCUUGAUUGGUGAACUGGGUCUCUGUAGAAAUCUCAGUAAAAUGUAUAUUAGUAAUGAUCAAGAGAAUGUUGCUUCUAGUUUUAGAGAUUUUUCACUUGAAUCCGAUGGGAUUCAACCUAAUGAUCAGAUCAAUGUUGACAAGUAUGGGUCUUGUGACAAAAUGAGGAAGGGGGAUUUUGUGGGAAUUCAGUCCCCUGUUCCAAUGAGCGUUCCAUUGAGUUUCAAUGGUGGGAUGAAUAUGGCAUUUUCUGGAUUGCCCCAGCAGCAAUAUAGGAUAAGCAAUUUUUUGGGGUCUCAGUUGUAUCCUGGUUGCUCGAGUGAUUUGAUUUCUCAGCAGGGAAUGAAUUGUUGGAAUGGUGCAAUGAGAUCUCCUUGGCAGAAAAAGGAGCAGACAUGUAGUUAUCACCAGGGAGGAAAUUCUAUAUUGAAUUUGAGUACUCCUUUGAGUAAGCUUUCAGUGAAUGAUGCUUUAAUCUAUGGACAACGAAAUGGUCUGAGUUGGAAUGAAGAACGAGGUGGGCUGAAUUUUCAUGGUUCUCCCAGGUUGAUUCAAGCAACCCCUCAUGCAAGUGUUGAAAAUCUGUUACAGCAUGGAUUGCCACUAUCCAAUGGGUUGGCUAGAACACAUUCAAAUGUUGGAAUCCCUCAUGGAGGUCUUGAGGCUUUUACUAGUGAGGGUAGUUUCAUUGUUCAAGGAGAGGGUUUAAAUUAUGUGAUCAAUAAAGGGUUUGAUUAUUCAAGGGAGCAGAACAAGGGUUCUCUGCAGGAGAUUGGUGUAAGUAAGCGUCUAGAAAUAAGGUCACAGCUUGAUGGUUGGUCUCAAAUUGCAGCAGCUUGUGGAAAUGCUAAGAAUGCGAAGUUGUAUAGCCCAUUCUCUUUGCCACCUAAGUAUAACUCUUUGGCAGAAGCUCGGGGAUACAUUUACUUAAUAGCAAAAGAUCAACAUGGCUGCAGAUUCUUACAGCGGGUAUUUGAUGAGGGUACCCAACAGGAUGUGCAAAUAAUAUUUAAGGAGAUCAUUGAUCAUGUAGUUGAACUUAUGAUGAACCCUUUUGGGAAUUACCUCAUGCAGAAAUUAUUGGACGUGUGUAAUGAAGAACAGAGAAAGCAGAUUCUCUUAAUGGUUUCUGAAGAACCAGGGCAGCUUGUCAGAAUAUCUCUAAAUACUCAUGGCACUCGUGUAGUUCAAAAGUUGAUUGAGACUCUCAAAACCAGGCAGCAAAUUUCACUAGUUAUAUCAGCCCUUGAGCCUGGGUUUCUAUCUCUCAUCAAGGACCUGAAUGGGAAUCAUGUUGUACAGCGUUGCUUGCAAUGUCUUAGCAGUGAAGAUAACAAGUUUAUUUUUGUUGCUGCUGCAAAGCAUUGUGUUGAUAUUGCAACUCAUCAACAUGGCUGUUGUGUUUUGCAACGAUGCAUUAGCUAUUCAACUGGGGAAUAUCGAGAAAAGUUGGUCGAAGAAAUAUCCACCAAUGGGCUUCAACUUGCGCAGGAUGCAUAUGGAAAUUAUGUUGUUCAGUUUGUCUUGGAGUUAAAAAUCCCAUCUGCCACUUCAACUUUGGUUUCUCAAUUUGAAGGGAACUAUGUGCAUCUCUCAUCACAGAAGUUCAGCAGUCAUGUGGUUGAAAAAUGUCUUGUAGUAUUAAAUGAUGCAAUCCGGUCAAGAAUCAUUCAUGAAUUGCUCUCUGCAACUCACUUUGAAAAGUUGCUACAAGAUCCUCAUGCAAACUACGUUGUGCAAACUGCUCUCCGUGUGUCUGAGGGACCUCUGCACAAUUCACUCGUUGAAGCAAUUGAGUCCCAUAAAGCAUUUGCGCGCAACUGUCCAUAUUCCAAGAGGAUAUUCUCUCAGAAGCUUCUGAAGAAGUGAUGUACAUUCUCCCAGUCUCUGAAAGAAGCACUGUUGUUGUUUUUUUGUCUCUACUAGCCUUGUUUUCUACUGUCUCUAAAAUUAUUAUCUAUAUAUGGUAACUGGAUUUAACCAUAAAGGCUCAUGGCUAUAACCAAAGGAAGAGUUUUAUCUUCUCAAACUGCAUGGAAAUGCCUUCCAUUCCAUGCGAUCAGAAGAGUGCAAAAGAUGAUGCAAUUUUGCUCUAAGUUGCUUAAUUUUUGGACGUGUAUUAUUUCUAUUGUCUUGUUGAUCUCUAUGCAUUGGAUAUUACCAUCUUUAUUUACUUUGCAAUUCUCAGGGUAUGAAGUUAUACAAUGUAUAGAAUGUUAGGAUUCUGAUUCCUGCUGUACAAUACAAUCUGGAUGCCACUUUAAUAAUAUGCAGCAUAUGAUUGGGAAUGGAUGAUAAAACACAAAGCUGUUUUCUUGAGUGACUUUGAUUCACUCUCUUUUCCUCUCUUUCCAUUAGAAGAAAUGAAAUGAUGUGGCUGUGGUGAAGAAGCUCUAAGUUACAAACAAAGCAAAUUAUAUGUGGCUGUGGCGAGUCUUGCUUCAGUUUCUAUUUGCGGUAAUGAAAUGAUGGAUCUCAGUCUCAGAUCCACUUGUUUAAAGUUCACAAUUGUUCCACAUGGUUACCUCUUUGGGGGGAACCUCAUCAGCAUUAUUGAAGCCCUUUCAUUCUCGUGCCAUGAAAAUGUUUUGAUUGACAAGUUGUAGGAAACUUGAUGGGUUUACAAAUUCCCAUUUGUGGCACUAGGCCUA